GUGCCUCAUUUUCUUUCUUCAGGUGGAAGUUCUUGAUGCCAAGACAAGGGAGCAGCUUUGUUUUCUAGACAAGGUGGAGCCCCACUCGACAGUAGGAGACAUAAAGAGCCUUUUUCACAAAUCAUAUCCUCACUGGUAUCCAGCAAGACAGGCCCUGAAGCUUGAUCCAAAGGGAAAAUCACUCAGAGAUGAUGAAAUCUUACAGAAUCUACCAGUGGGGACCACUGCCACCAUGUAUUUCAAAGAUCUUGGUCCACAAUUAGGCUGGACUAUGGUGUUUCUUGCAGAGUAUAUCGGGCCCCUUCUGAGCUACCUCCUCUUCUAUUUUCGAAUACCCUACUUUUACUCAAACAGAUAUGCACUUAGUUCCAGCCCCCACCCUGUUGUCACACUGGCCUGCGUCUGUCAUACCUUCCACUACACGAAGAGGCUGAUAGAGACAAUCUUUGUGCAUCGCUUCUCACAUGGGACCAUGCCUCUCAGGACUAUAGUCAAGAAUUGUGCCUAUUACUGGGGUUUUUCAGCAUGGUUGGCUUACUAUAUCAACCACCCUCUCUAUACGCCUCCAUCAUACGGAGAACUGCAAGUCAACUAUGCACUAAUUCUAUUUGUGAUGUGUGAAAUGGGCAACUUCUCCAUUCACUUGACUCUGAAUAAGCUCAGGGGAGAUGGACCCAAGGGUAGAAGAUUUCCUAUGCCAAAUAAGAACCCCUUCACCUGGCUUUUCUUCUUUGUAUCCUGCCCAAAUUACACAUACGAGGUUGGAGCUUGGGUGAGCUUUUCUAUCAUGACCCAGUGUCUGCCAGUGGCAUUUUACACAUUACUGGGGUUUAUUCAGAUGACCAUCUGGGCCAAAGGAAAGCACAGAGCCUACAUCAGGGAAUUCAAGGACUAUCCCAGUCUCCGAGUGGCUAUUAUACCUCUGAUUCUUUGAUAAUGGUUAAAGCAUGAACCUCAUACAAAGA